AUGUUGUUUAAAUCUGCUCUUUUCCUCGCCUUGAGCAACGGCUUGGCUGCCUUCGCUCGCCCCAGUGGCGGGUGGUCGAAUGAACCAUGCCAGCAAAUCACCAGGAUGUAUCAGUCGAAUCUGACAACAUAUCCCGGAGAUGUGGCCCAGCAAUGCCUCGUCUCGAUCCCGUUCCAACCCCAACGGUCGGUGGCCUUCCUCGAGGAUCUUCGGAAAUACCUGCAAUGGCAAAGUACGAUUGAUGUACUCAAGAACCCUCCUACUAGCUACCUGUCUCCAGCAACCGAUAUUUUCGGUGGCAUGGAUCAAUUACUGGAGAUGGCAGCGCGUGAAGUCUUCACCAGCCAGUACGAAUUUGAUACACUGGUCACCGAGCUGCUCGCGUCUGCACAAGAUGGACAUCUAUAUGUGAGCCCGUGCAGUACCUCAAUAUUUGAGUUCUCGAUUGAUUUUCCGCUUGUCUCGGUGUCGUCUGAUGGCCUGGAGCUUCCAAAAAUCUACGCGAUGAAUGAUUCCGCACUUCUGUCAACUCAUCCAGAGCGCGUCUCGAACCUAGUCUCGGUGAAUGGGGAGCAGGCCGAAGAGUUCUUUGGGAAAUUUGCCCUCAGAAUUGGUGGGUUCCAAGACCCCGACGCUCGCUACAAUUAUGUCUUCAACUCGAAUGCUCGGUUGAUGGGCUCUGAUACCAACGCCGGUAGCUGGAUGAACCCUGGCUCCUGGCCAGGUGCCGGUAUGUUCGAGCUGCGCUUUGCCAACGGCACAGUUCGCUACGCCCACACCACGGCCGGGAUGGGCUAUCUCCCUGAGUUCAACUUUACCACCGGUCAAUCUAUGUACCAGCAGCUCUGCAUCGAGCCACUGAUCAGAGAAGCGAAUUGGGCCACUGCUUCUGCGUCAUCCGCCACUUGGAUGUCGUAUCCUUCCUCGACUUCAAUUCCAUAUCCAUCUUCCACUUUCAUAUCGACUCCUUCGGCGACUGCGACUGCCACCCCAUCGCGCUCAUGGACUAGCUCUGUUACCCCAACAAGCUCGGCCUCGGUUGCUCCGGUUCAACCCUACCCAAAGGUGUAUCCGAAGCCCGUCGUUGGUGAUGAUCUGGACCACAUCUAUGGGUAUUACCUACCCGAAAAGGAUUUGCGGACAGUGGCUGUCCUUCAGCUCCCUACUUUCGAAAUGUACGGAACAUAUGCGAUGACUAUCCCUCAAUUCCUCAAGGAGGCCAAGGCUGCCGGCAAGCAGAAGAUCAUCAUUGAUAUGUCGAACAACCCCGGCGGCGAGAUCGCCGCGGCACUGGACAUGUUCAAGAUGUUCUUCCCCGACAAGCCGGCAUACUCAGCGACUCGUUUCCGCGCCCAUGAGGCGAUGAACUAUAUCGGGCAGGCCUUUGGCUCCAUCGUCCAGAACAACUCUAACAUCUGGUCUUGGGAUUCCUUCGAGCAGUGGAUGCCUUCGGGAUAUGUCACCCCAAACCAAAAACAUGGCUUUUCUUCCUGGAAGCAGAUCUUCGGCCCUGUCUUCGAGCUUGGCUCUAACAUGUCUACCAUGCACGGGGUCUUCAACGAGACGUUCGAGUCCGCCACCCUGACCCCUAUUAACGGAUACAACGGUGUCCCGCUCCGACCAAGUCAUACUCUUUUCGCCCCGGAAGAUAUCCUCAUCAUGACAGAUGGGGACUGCUCAUCGUCCUGCACGACCUUCAGCGAGUUGAUGAAGAACCUCGCCGGCGUCAAGACGGUGGUCUUCGGCGGUCGCCCGCAGAACGAACCUAUGCAGGCCAUUGGCGGCGUCAAGGGCAACGAAAACCUUGACUCCGGCAUCAUUGUGGGACUAUACAACAAGGCUAAUCGCCUAGCCGAGUCGGCAGCCAAGGCUGGCCACCCCAUUCUCACCGAGACGCAGCGCAUGCGUCUAAAGGAGCUGUCCCCGGCUAAUAUUCCUCCUUUGUCCUACAUCGCUGGCGUCAACUACCUGAACGGCUACCGUCCCGGCCAGCCGCACAUGCCGCUGCAGUUCAUCUAUGAAGCGGCCGACUGCCGUCUUUUCUAUACCCACGAGAACUUCGCUCGCCCGGCCACCUCGUGGGCUGCUGCCGCGCGCGCCGUAUGGGGCCACGGCCGCUGUGUUGCAUCGUCGUCUUAG